AUGAGCGACACAGGGAGCCGGAGACACCUAGGGAAACCGAGAAAGGCGCCGAGACGAAAACCCGGGCGCAGAGACUGGGGACCGGGCACACCCGAACGGGACGGGACGGGGCGGGACGCCGGGAGGCGACUGAGUGAACUUUCGGAGCGGGUCCGAGCGCACCGGUCCUCCCGGGACGAGCCGCUCUGGGGCCUCGAGGGCGCCGCUCGAGCCCCGGCGUCGGCUGCGGCUCUUCCGCCGGCGGGGAGGGGGCGCCGUGGGACGGGGGAGGCGGCCUGGACCCGCCCGGGGCCGGCGGGGGAGGCUGAAGGCCGCCCCCGGUGCGCGACCGCGGCGGAUGGGGAACCGGGCGCCCACCGGCGCGGGGAAACUUUGCACGGGGGGUGCGGGCUGCGGCUCAGGUGCGGCGGGGGCUCGGACGAGAUCACGGGCGCGGCAGGUGGGGGCGCGGCCCGGCCUCCGGGCGCCCCCGGGCCCGCCCCCGGCUCAGCUCCACGGACGCGGGGGCAGGGUGGGGAUGGCGCGGAAGGGCCGCGCAUCGAGGGGCCCGAAGGGGGCUCGGGGGGUCACUCACCGCCUCUCCGGGGGCCGUCGGUCUGCAUGUCCCCCCUCGAGCCGCUGAGGCCGCCGUUCUCAGUCCGCCGCCGCCGUCGCCCUCUCCCGCCACCGCCACCGCCACCGCCACCUCCACCGCCGCCCGAGCAGGAGCCGGAGCCGGAGCUGGAGCCGGAGCCGCCGCCUCUGCCGCCGCCGCCGCCACCGCUCCCGCGCCAGCUCCAGCCGCGCGCGCCCGCCCGCCCGCGCCCGCGUCCCUGCCCCUGCCGUGCGCGUCCCCGGCGCCGCCCCUCCCCUCGUGCACUCUCGCUUGUAGAGGAGUGGAGCUGUAGGCCCAACGAGGCUGCAGACCAACCCCAAGUCUAA